AUGGUGUAUGAAUACGUCGUGGUGGAGUUCAUCGAGGAGAAGGCUGUCGAGAUUGUGCCUCAAUUGUGGAUACAGAGCACCACAGAGGGAAUGUAUGCUUAUUGGCCAGAUUGCCAUUCUAGUAUGAUAAGGCAUAAAGUAAAGAAGAGGGAAAUACCAGACAAAGAAAACUGGAAGAGAUAUGAAGUCAAGAUAUUUUCUUAUACCGAAGAUAACAGCCAUGACAGCGAACCAUCCCAGAAAAAAAUUUGUCGGCCUACUACUAAGACAAACAGCAGUGGUUCUACCACACCUCAGGCAAGCUCAACAACACCUCAUGCAAGCAGCAGUGGUUCUACCACACCUCAGGCAAGCUCAACAACACCUCAGGCAAGCAGCAGUCGUUCGACAACACCUCAGUCAAGCAGAAGUCGUUCGACAACACCUCAGACCAACUAUCCACCAACACCACCACCUUACCAACCCUUUUAUUCUAGGACCAAUGAAAGAAGGGAGCCUAGAAUUUUGCCGGAUUUACCAGAUUGUGAACUUGACACACCAAGAAGUUCAAGAGGAGGUGAAAUAAAUGAAAGUUUUGAAAAAAAAGUUCUUAUAGCACUAGCUAGACUGCAGAGACAGGGAGAGGAGAAUAGUGCCAUACUGAAACAGCUCAGGGCUGGGCAGUCGAAUGCUGUCAAUGUUGAUGCUGCUGAUCUUGACAGUUUGUUAACAGAAGUCAUGAAAUCAAAAGAUGAUAUGGAUAGCAUAUCUGCACAGCUCCAGGAUGCCAACAAAAAAAACCAAAUGACGCACGCCUUAAGUAUCCUUGGUGGAAACACUGUUGGGGACACGGUACGGAAAAUGAUGAGGCGCCUUGGCAAUAACGCGCUAUGGUCCCUGUAUAGUUUGAAGGGAAAAAAAGAAAAAGAGGCCUUUCAAACUACAGCACUCUACAGAGUUGUUGUCAAAGCGUCUCUAAGGGUGCAUCUGAAAUCAACAGAGACAGAUGUCAAUGAUAGCAUCAUUGACUUCCUUAAGCAUGCCCCUCACCAACCUGGAGGCAAUAAAUAUAAGAAGUCACAGCCCCAACAGACACCAGUUCAUCAGGGAUUAUAAUAACAUUGUUUCGUACUCUGAUCACUUGAUAGCUUCAAAUGUGCAAGAUUUACAAUUCAGUUUAUUGUUUUUAAAGCAUUAUUAUAUAGAAAAUGAGUAUUGUUUUUGUAUUCAUUGUAUGUCUUCUAUAACAGCUUUAAUGCAACAAUUUUACAUGAAUAUGAAUGGUAAUGGCCAAAUAAUAGAAAAAUUGUAUAACUAUUACAAUCCAUCUCUAUAUUGUUUUGAUUUUUAAAAUGCUGCCUUGAAACUCAUGUAAAAAAAUAUACUAAUUGAUUGAUUCUAUAUUAUGUUAUACAUAACAUCUAAGUUACAUAAUUCAGUAUUGCCAUUGUAUAAUUUAUGUAUAUCAUGUGAUUUUGU